AUGGAGGAUCUCCGUGUUUCCGGGUACAAUCCCCUUCUCCCUCCCCAGAUCAUUCAGGAAGAGAUCCCUAUGUCAGAUGUUUCUCGCAAGGUCGUCUCAUUGGCUCGUCAACAGGCCGCUAAGAUUCUUCGUGGAGAUGAUGACCGUCUUAUUGUAAUUGUUGGUCCUUGUUCCAUUCAUGACCCCAAAGCAGCUCUCGAAUACGCAUCCCGUCUUAAACCUGUAGCAGAGAACCUCGCUGGCGAGCUGUUGAUCAUCAUGCGUGCUUACUUUGAGAAGCCCCGUACGACAGUCGGCUGGAAAGGACUUAUCAACGAUCCCGAUAUUGAUGGAACUUUCCAGAUCAACAAGGGACUCAGGAUUGCUAGAGACUUGUUGUGUCGAUUGACGGAUAUGGGAAUUCCUGUUGGUUGUGAAUUGCUCGAUACUAUCUCACCUCAGUUCUUGGCGGAUUUGAUCUCUUGGGGUGCGAUUGGUGCUCGUACAACCGAGUCUCAGUUACAUCGAGAGUUGGCUAGUGGAGUUUCCUUCCCUCUUGGAUUCAAAAAUGGAACCGAUGGUAACAUUAGCAUUGCUGUAGAUGCGAUCCGUGCGGCUGCAAAGCCUCAUCAUUUCCUGGGAGUGACAAAGCAAGGAUUGGCAGCGAUCACAAAUACAAAAGGCAAUGAGCUGUGUCAUUUGAUCUUGCGCGGCGGUAAUGGUGGACCCAACUAUGAGAAGGAACAUAUUGAGAAAACAAGAGAAGGAUUGGCUAAGGCCAAGUUGCCAGAAGUGAUCAUGGUUGAUUGCUCACAUGGAAACUCAAAAAAGCAGCACAAAAAUCAGGUAUUAGUUUCAGCUGAUUUGGCUAAUCAGAUUCGUGCAGGUGACAAGUCCAUUGUGGGAGUGAUGAUUGAAUCCAAUUUGGUUGAAGGUCGUCAGGAUGUUGGACCCGAAGGUAGAGAUGCCUUAGUCUAUGGACAAAGUAUCACAGAUGCCUGCGUCCAUUGGGAUGAUACUGUCAAGAUGUUGGAGGACCUUGCAGAUGCCAUCCGUGUAAGACGCGGCUAA